AAUGACUAAAAUAAAAAAAUUAAAUAAAAAAAUAACAUAAUAUAUGUAUAUGCAAAACCUCCUGAAAAUGAAAUGGGGAGGAAAUAAACACAUAUGAAAUUAAUAAAUAAUACUUGCCUAAUUAUUCACGUGUUUGAUUUCAAUUUGAGUGUAUUUAAUUAAUGGAUUAAUUAUAUAUUUCAACAUUUAUUACGUUAUUAUUUAUAAUUUAAUUUUGAGUAAUUUAUCCUUCCAUAUUUUUAGCACGUGUAUAAUCCAAAAAAAAAAAAAAGAAAGAAAGAAAGAAAGAAAGGGAAAAAAUCAGUGUGUGUCCGCAGCUGCGCAUCAUCCCGCCUCCAGCUCGAGCACAGCGCCUGCGCUCCUCCGCGGCUCCGGUUCACCGUCUCCUCGCGAACAUGGCGGCGCCUGCGCUCUCCAGCCGGGCUGGUUCAGCCGGCAGCAGCCCCACCGCCACCCCGAGCAGCACCAAGCACGUCCCGCAGGCCCCCGAGCUGGACUUCAGGUCCGGGGCCAGGAUAGAGGAGCUCAACCGGCUGAUCGCCGAGUUCGGCAAGCACGAGCAGCGCGAGUAUGACGACCAGCGCGCGCUCGAGAUCCACACGGCCAAGGACUUCAUCUUCUCCAUGCUCGGCAUGGUGCAGAAGUUGGACCAGAAGCUUCCGGUCGCCAACGAGUACCUGCUGUUGUCCGGCGGGGUACGGGAAGGCGUGGUUGACAUGGAUCUGGACGAGUUGACGGUAUAUGCGCGGGGAGCUGAUUACGACAUGGACUUCACGUUACUGGUUCCCGCGCUCAAACUCCACGACCGAAACCAGCCGGUCACGCUGGACAUGCGUCACUCGGCGCUCUGCCACUCCUGGCUCAGCCUGCGUCUGUUUGACGAGGGCACCAUCAACAAGUGGAAGGACUGCUGCACCGUUGUAGACCACGUAAACGGUGCCACCAAUUACUUUUUCUCGCCAACGCUGGUGGCCGACUGGUUCUACGAGUCAAUUAGUAUGGUUCUGGCGGAGAUUCAGAAGAAACCACAGCGCGGCGUGCCGCGGGUCGAGAAGGUAGAGCGCAGCGCUACUGUCAUCUCCAUCAUUUUGGGCGUCGGAGGCAGUCGGAUGCUGUACGAUGUGGUUCCAGUAGUGUCGUUCAAAGGCUGGCCGGCGGUGGCCCAAAGCUGGCUAAUGGAGAACCAUUUUUGGGACGGGAAAAUCACGGAGGAGGAAGUGAUCAGUGGCUUUUACCUGCUGCCCGCCUGCUCUUCUACGGGCCAGAAGGAAAACGAAUGGCGCUUGUCAUUCGCGCGCAGCGAGGUGCAGCUGAAGAAGUGCAUCUCUGCCAGUCUCAUGCAGGCGUACCAGGCUUGUAAAGCUCUGAUUAUUAAGCUUCUCUCUCGACCGAAAGCCAUCAGCCCGUAUCAUCUGCGCUCGCUCAUGCUUUGGGCCUGCGACCGCCUGCCGCAUACGUACUUGGCACAGGAAGAUUACGCUGCGCACUUUUUGCUGGGGUUGAUCGACGACUUGCAGCAUUGCUUGGUGAAUAAGACCUGCCCGAAUUACUUCAUCCCGCAAUGCAACAUGCUAGAACACCUCAGCGACGACACGGCCAUGCUGCAUGCGCGCAAGCUGUCGUCCGUUCGCUCGGACCCAGCAGAACACUUGCGAAGCGCAAUAGAGCACGCUAAAGCCGCGUCGCGACUCACGCUGGAGCUCCAGUGGCGCGGGGGGAGCUCAAACCUGUCAUCCCCCUUGUCAGAAACUGGAGCCGAUCAGCAACCGGAUGACCGGCUUGCGAAGAAACUCCAGCAGCUGGUCACGGAGAAUCCUGGGAAGUCCAUCUCGGUCUUCAUCAACCCAGACGACGUCACGCGACCUCACUUCCGCAUUGAUGACAAAUUCUUCUGAAGCCACCCAAACUGAUCUGAUUAGGCGCUGGCUGCAGAUGACCUCACAUUUCAAUUAAAGAUACAUUAUUCUGAAGCCACACCCUCUGAUCUGAUUGGGUGUUGUCUGCAGAUGACCUCAGAUUUCCAUUGAUGACAAAUUCUGAAGCCACUCCCUAUUAUCUGAUUGGGUGCUGGGUGCAGAUGCUCACAUUUCCGUUGAUGGCAGUUAAUUCUGAAGCCACGCCCUCUGAUUUGAUUGGGUGCUGGCUGCAGAGGUCUUCAUAGAACCUCACUUUUGCAUUGAAAAUUGCUCUGAAGCCACGCCCUCUGAUCUGAUUGGGUGCUGGGUGCAGAUGCUCACAUUUCCGUUGGUGACAAAUAAUUCUGAAGCCACGCCCUCUGAUCUGAUUGGGCGUUGACUGCAGAUGACCUCCCAUUUCCAUUGAUGACAGUUAAUUCUGAAGCCACGCCCUCUGAUUUGAUUGGGUGCUGGCUGCGGAAGUCUUCAUACAACCUCACUUUUGCAUUGAUAAUUGCUCUGAAGCCACGCCCCUGAUCUGAUUGAAAGUUGACAACCUCACUGUAGCUUUAAUGAUCAGUUCUUCUGAAGCCACACCCCCUGAUCUGAUUGGACGCUGAUUGCAGACAACCUCACUAUAACAUUAAAGAUCAAUUCUUCUGAAGCCACGCCCCCUAAUCUAGACUUUUUUUCAUUUUGAAAGAGCCCCAGAAGCAGGAAGCCGCGUGUUUUGCGCAGCGCUGGAGAUGGUAAACGCUUCAGGCUCUAAAUAUGAUGUUAAAAAUGGACAUGAUCCUGUUUCACUGCUGCCAGUUUGAAGUCAUGUUCACAUAUCUGUUCCUCCCCAUUACGGACGCCCAGCUUUUACGGGAAGGAUGGCGAGAGAUUUAUGGAAGGAUGUGGGGGGAGGACUGUCUGUGCAUGGCUUGUGUGGAAAACAGGAAAUCCAUAACUCCACUCAGAAGUGCAAUUAGACAAAAUGUGUUUAUACGCUUUACUUGUAAGUACACUGUAACAUGAUACUGUAAACACGCUAUUUUAGACGCCAUCGUUUAACAAACACACUUACAGAAGAACUUUAUUCUCACAAACUGCACAUUAGGACUCCAAAAAUACACACAAACACACUCCCUGUGACGAUGGAUGUUGGUUUUAUUUUAACACGGAGUCUCUUGAGGUGAAUCUCAUGGGAACAUUUUGUGCAUCAUUUUACCCCUUACAAAAUAAAAUAAAAUAUAUAAAUGAAUAAAUAAUUUAAAUAAUAAUAAAAAUAAAUAAAUAAAAAUAAAAAAAUAUAUAUUGAUUCUGUGCAUCAUUUUACCUCUUACAAAAUAAAUUAAAUAAUAAUAAUAAAAAUUCUAUAUAUAUAUAUAUAUAUAUAUUUCUCAUUACUGUAAUAGGGAUUAAAAAUAUUGCAUAUUAAAUAAAAUAUCUUUUUUGCAAUGCAUUAAGAACAGCAAGGUAAAAAAUCCAUCUCGAUCCUAAAAAGGAUUUUAAAUGGCUUUUGUGAGAUUCACCUCUUGAAAGAAAAAUUUUAAACUUUGUGUUUCUUUUUUUUAUAUAUAUACAUAUAUAUACACACACAUACACAUAUUUAUAUAUGCUGCUAAACAUGAUAGGUGCAUUGAAUAAUUUGUUUUUGUAAUCAUUUGAGUAUUUUGAUCAUGUGAUGUGCUUUGUAACUGUACAUACUGCUGUAAUUAACCCCGCCCACUUCUCCCGGUUAGACCAAUCAGCCUCAGCCAAUCGUGUGACGCGCGCUCAUUUAAUUAUUGACAUGCAUAUCUUUGCAUGUGAUUGGUAGGAGGGACGGAUCACAACAGACCAAACGUGAACCUUCGAGCUCUACAGGGACCAAUCGUAAUGCCUUAUUACAGAAAAUAAACGAGUGCGGUGUUUUUAUUCCGAUCAAGGGGAUCCUAAAGACUCUUUUACAGCCCCGCCACGUGUUUCUCUUUAUACCAGAAGGACGUGAACAGAACGUGUUGAUUUAUUUUAAUUGUCGUCAUGAAGCUAAUGUCCAUGAAAAUCGUGUGUACAUGUUAUUCUUAUGCUUGAUAAAUAUCUCUAACAUGCCAGCGGACACCUCAGCAAAAUAACAUAUCUGCUCUGGAUCGGUGUUGCAUUGCAUUUUAAACUUGUGUUUGGUAAAUAAAGCUGUACAGAUGCGCAAAA